AUGACUGCCCUCCCCCCAAACUACGCCUUCACCGAUUCUCCCCCCUCCGUGGCGGACUACCUCCACCUCCGCGCCGCGUCCGGCCUCUCCCCCAAAAGCGUCGCCCAAGGGACCGCCUCAGUCAAUGGCGCCUGGUACGGCUGUUACAUCAUCUACACCGACCCCUCUACCAACACCGCAAGCCCAGUCGCGAUGGGCCGCAUCAUCAGCGACGGCGGGUGGUACUUCCACAUCGUGGAUAUGGCUGUGCUCCCGGACCAUCAGCGCAAGGGUCUUGGGGAGGCGAUCCUGAAGAAUUUGUUGGCACAUAUCAAACAGAAUGCGCCCGAGGGGAAUCCGUAUGUCAAUCUCCUGGCAGAUAAGCCGGGCCGAAAGUUGUACGCGCGGAAUGGGUUUGUGGAUGCGAUGCCGGGGAGUCUGGGGAUGGUUUAUGAGGUGUCCCGAUAA